AUGACCGCUUCACCCGUGGUCCUUAUUCUCGGCGCCGGGCCAAACAUCGGCGCAGCAGUCGGCCGUCUGUUCAAGAGCAACGGCUACAAAGUUGCCCUUGCUUCCCGCAGAGUGACGGAUGGGGCUGACUCUGACGGCGUCCUCAACGUUCAAGUCGACCUCUCUCAGCCCAGCACCGUCACUCGCGCCUUUGAGAAGGUCAUUUCCGCCCUCGGACCGCCCGGAGUAGUGGUAUACAACGCGUCUUCAACCAAAUUCGUUCCGGCCGACUCUCCUCUUGACCUUGCACUUGACCUGGACGCCUAUCAUCGAGAUCUCGCCAUCAACACUACUAGCGUGCUCGUCGCGGCACAAGAGGCCGUCAAAUCCUUUAGUGGCCUGCCCGAAUCCGAAGCGAAAACGUUCAUCUUCACCGGAAACAUUUUGAACACCGAGCCCAUUCUGCCGCUGUUCAGUGCCGGAAUGGGAAAGAGUGCCACCGCGCACCUAGUGCAUGCCAGCUCGCUGGCGUAUCGGAAGCAGGGAUACAAAUUCUACUAUGUGGACGAGCGCAACGAAGAUGGCACCGUUGCAGGCAGGAAGAUCGAUGGUGACGCGCAUGCCCAGUUCUUCUGGCAACUCGCCCAGGAUCCGCAACAGCGAGAGUGGCUGGCGACAUUCGUGAAAGGGAAAGGGUACAAGGCGUUCCCCGGCACAAAUUACGUGAAGGAUGCCACAACAUGA